CCUACGUCCCGUCCCCCCUCACCGCCCUGGUUUGGUCCGCGGGGGCGCUGCGCUGCUGAGCCGCAGGACAGGGCGCUGCUCGCCCGAUCCCAGCGCUGCCGAGCCUGGGCGGCCGGUGCCCGGAGAGGAGCCAGGGCUGGGGGGGAAGAGGCGCCCCGGAGCCCGCGCCCGCCCCCCAAGAUGCGAUGGGGGGUCCUCCUGCUGCUCGCCCUGCUGCGCGAGGCCGCGGGGGAGGCUCGCGGUAGGCUGGAGGCAGGACGCCUCCACGGCCGCUUUUUGAAGCGGGGAGCGGGGACAAAGCUGCUGGGCUGGAGGCGGAAGACUCAGGAGAGUUUGCUGGAGACCGACGGGACCCGCAUCAGCCAGGACUUGGUAGGAGGCAGCUUGGCCAUUGACACCCUGCCGGACAACGAGACGCAGAUUGUGGAAGACAACCAUAGCUACUAUGUGUCGCGGUUCUAUGGCCCAGGAGAGGCACGCACCAAAGAGCUCUGGAUCGACGUGGCAGAAGCCAACAGGAGCCAAGUGAAAGUCCAUGGGAUCCUGUCCAACAUGCACAGGCAGGCCUCGAGAGUCAUCCUGUCCUUCGACUUCCCCUUCUAUGGCCAUCACCUGCGGCAGAUCACCAUAGCAACAGGAGGUUUCAUCUUCAUGGGGGAUGUCAUUCACCGCAUGCUUACGGCCACCCAAUACAUUGCACCCCUGAUGGCCAACUUCAACCCCAGCUACUCCCGCAACUCCACCGUCAAGUACUUCGACAACGGGACGGUGUUUGUGGUGCAGUGGGACAAGGUCUAUCUUCAUGGGAAGGAGGACAUUGGCAGCUUCACGUUCCAGGCUGCUCUGCACAGCGAAGGGAGAAUUGUCUUUGGGUACAAGGAGAUCCCCAUGUCAGUCCUGGAGAUCAGUGACACGCAGCACCCCGUCAAAGCCGGCCUGUCUGAUGCCUUCAUGCUCCUCAACCCUUCCCCUGAUGUUCCCGAGUCUCGCCGCAGGACGAUCUAUGAGUACCACCGUGUGGAGCUGGACACCAGCAAGGUCACUAGCGUGUCGGCUGUGGAGUUCACCCCACUGCCCACCUGUCUCCAGCAUCAGAGCUGUGACGCGUGCAUGACCUCGGAGCUGACUUUCAACUGCAGCUGGUGCCAUGUCCUGCAGAGAUGCUCCAGUGGGUUUGACCGAUACCGUGAGGAGUGGCUUUCACAUGGCUGUGGCCAAGAGUCAGACGAGAGGACCUGUGAGGAUUGGGCAGAGAGCGACCAUUACUCACUGUCCCCAAACAGCCCCUUCACGUCAUUUGAUGAAGAUGUCACUACCUCCUCUCUUUUCAUUGGCAGCCUCACCACAGAAGAUGACACAAAGCUGAAUCAGUAUGCAGGAGGGGAUGGAGUGAAAAAUGACCUUCCCACGAAGACAGGCGGAACCCCGAUUCACACCGGGACCAUCGUGGGGAUAGUCCUGGCUGUCCUGCUCAUUGCAGCCAUUAUUCUUCCUGUAAUUUACAUCAGCAGCCACCCCACCUCCAACGCUGCCUUGUUCUUCAUUGAGCGGAGACCACACCACUGGCCAGCCAUGAAGUUCCGAAACCACACCAACCACACAACAUACUCUGAGGUGGAACCUGCUGGCCAUGAGAAGGAGGGCUUUGUGGAAGCAGAACAGUGCUGAGCACAUUUCUUUUCCUUCCCCGCCCCCGCAACCUCCCUUGUCUUCAGGGUUAGAGUCUCCCGUUAUUCUAUUGCAAACGCUCUCCUCUGGAAAGGAACAGGAACAGGAGGAAAAAGACCCAAUGGAGCAUUGAAAAAAAAUGAAUCAGGGCAAUGCAAGGAUGCGACUCUGCAGGACUCCUCUGGGAACAGCAGAGCCUGAAGCAGAGGCAGUGCAUUAUAAUGUCAGUCUCGGCCUGCAGUUUGGUGCCAGAGCCCUGGAGGGUGUCAGUAGGGAAAGCUGCAGUCGAGUUAGGGGUUUUUUGUGUGGUGUUGACUUCUUCCCUCCCACCUCAGGCAUCUAAGAGGAGCAGUUCCCAAUCUGGAUCGCAUCCUUUCCUCCUCCACUCAUCAUUCCACCCCACUGCUUUGAACCCUUCCCCUCUCUCCUUCAAGCUAAUAUAUCUCCCCCCUGUCCAGGGAGCAAAGCAGAUUUGGCCCGUACUAAGGCUCAUGUCCUGUAAAGGAAACACCUUCAGUGGCACUUCUGCAAUCAUCUGUCCUUUCUGGUCAAUCACAUUAUUUUGCUGAUGCCCCUGAGGGAGAUGUGGGGGUGGGUGAGAGACCUCAGAUCCCUUCCUCCAAACCCAGGUCCUCUUCUACUCUCAUCACAGCUGCCAAACCAGAUCAGAUUGCAAUGGGAGAGGUGGGGAAAGAGCAUUAUGGAAAAUGUUAUUCUCCCAGAGCUAAAACCUGAAGUAAACUCAAGCAAAUUUUACUCCGAAGACAAUGGAAGUUUCACCUUAGUGAGGACAGAGAUCUAGAGUUUUAACUCAGUUGCACUGUCAUAAAUCCAGAGUAACUCUAUUGGAAUCAAUGCAUCUAAAGCCUGAUCCAAAGUCCAUUGCAGUCAAUGAGAGUCUUUCAAUUUACUUCAGUUGGGUUUAGAUGAAGCCCCUACUGAGAAUUUUCACUAGUAUCACAUUCUGGCCCAGAGUAAGGACUUUAGCAUUAGACCUCUAGAGGUUUUAUUUUUCUUACCCUUUGCGAUCAGAACCAAAGACUAGUCUACAGAAAAUAAAGGCUUUAUCCUGCUCCCUUUGAAGCCAGUUGAAUAACUCCCAUUGACUCCAACUGGAGCAGGAGUGGGCCCAAAAUUAAGGAAAGACAGACACCCAAACAGACUCCAAAAGCUGGUAUGGAGUGCUAUUUGCAUUCCUAGAAGAAACAGGGUGAGUUUGUUGUGUUGUUUUUACAUGGUCCUUGUCUAUUUAUUCUGAUGUCAUGUUUGGUGCAUAUUUUAUCUACUGGCUGGUUCAGCUGUCACUGGCAGUGAUUACUGCCAAAGGCAGGGUCUGUCUAAUUAAUGUUUUCUGUCUCAUGGGCUGAAUUUAUAUAGCCAUUAAGGAUAAAUAUGGAUGCUGGGUGGCAUUUAGACCCUGACUUAUACUUCUUCAGACUUAGCCACUAGGGAAGCUUUUGCUGCAUCUGAUUAUGUCAUGAAGACACCAAAAUUCUCAAAUAGGGUAAGUCAGGCAGAAUCAUGCCAAGUUUUUAUGGGCCAUCAGCCCAGACAUUCUCUCUCCAGGGAUAUUUAGAAGAUAAACUUUAGCUCCAAGCAGGAUCUUGAGCUAGAAGGUUGAUUUCUCUCCUCUUGCCCUCAGUUGAAUAAGUUUAAAGGAACAUUGUCAUGUAGCGUAUACCCCAAAUCUGGCCUUCUUUAAAAUGGUUACAAUCUGGUAGGAGAUUUCCCCUGGACUUUCAGUCUCUUUAUAAAAUAAUCACAUUUUUUUCACCUGUUAGAGGUAUACAGAAUAUUAACUGGCAAAGAGAAGGUCAGUUGGAUACGCCUGUUUACCUGUCUCAUAAUACAAGAGGACAUCCGGUGACUGCAAAAUGCUCCAAAUGUAAAGCAAAUAUACUUUACACAAUGUAUAAUUAACCCAUGUAACUCACUGCCACAAAAAUGAUUGCAGCCAAGAUCUUAGUAGGGUUCAAAAGAGGAUUAGACAUUUAGAUGGAGAAUUAAAACAUGCAAAAUUGUGUUAAGUAGGAUAAAAAUGUAUAAGUUAUAUAAUAAACUGUCAUGCUUCAGGGCAUAAACCAAAGGCCUGUAAUCUGAAUGCCUGUGGUCAGGAAGAAACUUUCCUUAUGGGCAGUUAUUUCAUAGUAGCCCACUAAGCAGUUUCUUCCAUUCAGGCAUCUGAUACUGGGUACUUUCAGAGACUGGAUAUCACAUUAAUCAUUAAAUGAACAGCCAGUAUUAUCUAGUAAGGCAAUGUUCCUAAUUUCCCAGCAGUGAACAAAAAAAUUUCAUUAUUGGUUAUACUAUGACCAUGGUUUCUGGUUUUCAUCUUUUUAAUAUUUGUGAUUUUUAUGUUAAUUUUUAGGUAAAUGUAUGGCUAAUUUUCAAGGAGCAAAAAGUUUUAUUCAGUGUUAAAAAUAUGGUUCUCCUUGAACUAUAGGAAAAAAUCAGAUCCUUCCAGAGCUCCACUUUGCUGAGCAUGACUUCUCAGCGACACUGGAAUGCUUGGGGUUUCCAUAAAUAAUGGUCAAAACUGCAAAAAUUGUAAAUGUUAGGAAUUUAUCAAAAUUGAAUUUUAAAUUUUUCUUUGGUAGGUUUUGAUAAGUUUUAUCCUAAAAUUGUCAAGCCCUGUCUCUGACUUUACAAUACUUCAUUUGAGGAGAGAGGAUCUGCUGUGUCACCAUACGGAAUCAUUCUCUAUGGUCAGCUGAGAGACAGUGCAGUGUGUUAGCACCUGAUGCCUCCUCUUCUGCUCUCUCUCCUAGAAGGGGACUGAACUGGAGUGCAAUUCUCCAUUAUUCACCCCUUCACCUAGCUAUUGUGGGAUCCUGUGUCAAUGUUCAGAGAGAGCAGAGAUGCAGUAUAAUGUGCCAGUACCAGCUGCCUUCUCCUUGAUCCCCUGGAGACAGAUGUGAGCAGACUCUGUACUUUCUAAGCCCACAUCACCUAGUUGUUGUGGUUGGAUCCAGAGUCACAAGUGGACCACAGAGGGGCUAAAGAAGGAAAUCACCAACGCAGAGAAAACAGUGUGCUGUGGAUAGGGUGACCAGACAGCAAAUG